AACCGAAAGCAAAAUCUGACACGGAUUUUACUUUUUACCGCAUAGAUUAAAGUUCUGGAUUCAUUAAAUCAAAGCAUAGGCUAGAGUUUUGGAUUUAAUAAAUCGACAUCAUUAAGGCGUAUGUAAAAUGAAUUUAUUUCAGACAAUAUUCUUUCUUCCAUGUGCAAUGUGUUUUUUGUGUUGGAACCAAAUAAAUAAUUUUCCGACAUCAAUCCAAAAGUGUGAAUUGUGCGCUAUUUCUCGCAUUGAAGCGUCAAAGUAUGGAUCUUCAUUUAGUUCAAUUGUGAAGACGUGUGCAUUAAAUAAUUUAGAAUGCAUUACAUUGUGUCACGACUCUAUUAAGUUAAUAGCAAUUAUGGAUUCUUCAAUAAGAGUUACUUCUUGUAAGGCAACUUGCUGUGAAACUAAUCUAUGUAAUAAUGAUGCUCUUCUUAAUAGUGUCCCUUAUUACAAUGAUGCUAUGGAAACUACUGGAGUGUAUUACAAUAAUGGUGCUAUGCAAACUACUGGAAUGUAUAAUUACAAUGGUGCUAUGCAAACUACUAGAAUGUAUAAUUACAAUAAUGCUAUGCAAACUACUGGAGUGUAUUACAACAAUGGUGCUAAGCAAACCACUGGAAUGUAUUAUUACAAUGGUGCUAUGCAAACUACUGGAAUGGCAUUUUUAUACUGGAAAAUUUUCUUCGGAAUUUUAUUUGUUAGUUUAGCGCAGAAAUAUUUGCUUUAGAUAAA